AUGUCGGACUGUUUUGAUUACAGUAGCGAUGAUACCGAACAUGAUGAUCAUUACGGCGACGAAGCAUUCGACAAUAAUCAAUAUCAUGAAGACGAUUUCUAUAAUUUGGAUGAUCAAUACAGCGGAAGAAUUCAAUUAUCUGAUAAUGCUAGUGAAGGUACAAAUCGAACUGAUUCUGAGGAAUCAUUCAAUAGUAGUGUGGUUGACUCGCCUGGUGGGAAAACCAAGUUGUGGAAACCUAUUGUUCCUAAAGAAUUUAUGCCAGAUGUAGAUGCUACUUAUCAAUCAUUAGAGGAGGCAGUUGAAAUGUAUAAAUUAUAUGCAGAUAAAGCAGGUUUCAGUGGAAUUUCUGAAAAACACUGA